AAUUGAACAAUGAAUGAAGUGAAACCAUAACCUCAAUCUUCUAACAAGAAGCCCUAUAAAAACAAAAAAAAAACAGUUAAAAAAUAUUAUUUUUGUAUAAAUUUGAAAGUUUCGUGGCAUUGAUUUAUAAUAAUAAUAAUAAUGCAAUAUAUUUUCGAAGUGAUCUGGUUGGAAUUCAUAAAUAUAUGAUGUAGAUUACUGUUUGACAAUUCUUCAAAAAAGUGCCAAUCGUACUUCUGGAUCACCCCAGAAUAAGCAUUCCGCAAAUCUGGAGAGAUGAUUUGGUACAGUUGGGCUUAAAGAAUAUGACCGGCAAGUGUUUAAAUUUGAUCUGGGUGAGGCCAGAUGGGGUGCAAAUCAUGUUCUGUAUGGUGGAUGCACAAUUUCAUGUGUCACAACUGAUGACAUGGGUGGGAGACAUGUGGUUGGCCGAGGAUUCAGUUAGUGGGGAAAGAAUGCUAAUUGACGGCAAGUCGAUCUAUGUCGUCAGCUUGCCACAGCCCCAGCACCCGCUGCUUAUCACGGCGCCACUCUUGCCUCGCUCUAUCAGCUCGCCCGCAUGGCACUACACCGCGCUGUCUACAUCACAAGAGCCCCAGUCAAGCUAGAACUGCCAGCAACAUUACUGCGCGACCUGGGAGGCCAGUAACCCACUUAUAUUACUGGAGCCAGUUAGGCUACAUUAUAACGUGAAUUUGAUCCAAUUCAUUUCCGCAAAAUUGAAAACAGUAGAAACAUAAGAUAUCGAAGAUCAGAUUC